AUCAGAAUCACAUUCUCCGAGAUUCAUGUAUUUCCUUAAAAGUUUUUCAUUGAUUUUUAUUGUUACAAAAUUGUAGUUCCAGUAGGUAACAAAGUUGUCAACUUACGUAACUGAACAAAAUGUCGUGGCUACUAGGCAGAAAUCGCCAGCAAACUGAAAUUGUUGGAUCGAAUGGCGGUACUGGUACUGAUAAUGAUUCGGAGAGCAAAACUGCAGGCGAACGUACUGGUGACUCCCAACUCACAAAGGCUGAGCGAAAAGCAAUGGAUGCUUACAGGUUUGAUUCAACGGCGCUUGAGCGAGCGGCAGAUGCAGCUAAGACCCUGGAACGCUCAAAGCACGCACGUGAGGCAUUGGAGCUAUCUAAGAUGCAGGAGAGCACACGUCAACAGGAGUACCAGUCGAAGGUGAAAGAAUAUGAAGCUCACAUCGAACAGGCUAAAGUAGAACAAAAACGCAUCGAUCAUGAAGAGAGACGCAAGACCCUGAUUGAAGAGACGAAGCAGCAACAGCAACGCGCUCAGUACCAAGAUCAAUUAUCACGCAAACGGUAUGAGGAUCAAUUGGUUCAGCAACAGCGUGUUCAGGAGGAGAAUCUGCGUAAGCAGGAGGAGAGUGUGCAGCGUCAGGAAACAAUGAGGCGUCAGACAAUUGAGCACGAGAUUGAGAUGAAAGAAAAGAAUCGCCUAAAAUUGCUGGAGCAUGAGUUGCGAGCCAAAGCUCGCGUCGAUCGUGAAAAUCGUGAUAUCAAUCUCGAAAAGAUUCGUAUUAAGGCGCAGGAGCAUCGGACCACUGUACUUGAAGGCAUACGCACUGCAGGUUCGGUGAUUGGUGCCGGGGCAGAAGCAAUGUUAACUGACUGGGACAAAGUACUAAUGGCUGCUGGCGGCUUGUCGCUGCUCGCAUUGGGCGUGUAUAGUGCCAAAGGUGCUACUGGUGUUGUUUCGCGCUAUGUUGAGGCUCGUAUUGGAAAGCCGACGCUCGUGGGCGAAACGUCUCGAUUUGCAUUUCUUGACGCACUUAAGCAUCCAAUUAACUAUUUUAAGCGAUUGCGUGCUCGACCCUCAGACGCUCUGCAGGGCGUUGUGUUGAAUCCCAAGUUAGAGGAACGUUUGCGAGACAUUGCCAUUGCGACAAAAAAUACCCGUAUCAACCGUGGUCUUUAUCGCAAUGUAUUGAUGCAUGGACCACCUGGCACAGGUAAAACAAUGUUCGCAAAAAAACUAGCCGAGCACUCUGGCAUGGACUUUGCCAUAAUGACUGGCGGAGAUGUGGCACCAAUGGGCAAAGAUGGUGUGACUGCCAUACACAAGGUGUUUGACUGGUCGCAUACUUCACGACGCGGUCUUUUGCUUUUUGUUGACGAGGCCGAUGCAUUUCUGCGUAAAAGAUCGUCGGAAAAGAUUUCCGAAGACUUGCGUGCAGCGCUCAAUGCAUUUUUGUAUAGGACAUCCGAGCAAAAUCCAAAGUUUAUGUUGGUGCUAGCAUCCAACACUCCUGAGCAGUUCGAUUACGCUAUUAAUGACCGUCUCGACGAAAUGGUCGAAUUUAUGCUACCCGGCCUCGAGGAGCGUGAACGACUCUUGCGAUUGUACUUUGACAAAUAUGUCUUGCAGCCAGCAGCAGCGGGAGCGAAGCGCUUUAAACUUGAUACCUUUGACUAUGGCAAGAUAUGCACAAAAAUGGCAACUCUAUGCGAGGGUAUGUCCGGCCGGGAGAUAUCCAAGUUGGGCGUGUCCUGGCAGGCAGCGGUAUAUGCAUCCGAGGAAGGCUUACUUACCGAAAAGAUGGUGGUCGACAGAUGCUAUGAUGCCGCCCAGCAGCAUAAGCAAAAGAUGGCCUGGUUGUCAGAGCAAGAGCGCGCGGAUCAUAAGUCGAUAACAAAAGUUAAGUUGCCGCUAACGAUUACUGCCAAUAAACUGUGAGUCCGUGGUGUUGCUGCCAAGUCCGAUGGCAUGCCUAUUUCUGGACAAAUGAAUCCUUUAUGUGUGUGCAUGUGUAGUAUAUAUGUCAGAAAUAAUUAUGCAUUUACUGUUGUACAAAUACAAUUAAGUUUUACUUAUGAAUAAUUGUAUUGUUACAUUGCAGAGCAAUGAUUUGCAAGUAAAAGCACUAUGCGCGUUAUUAAAAAAAUAAUGUGCUUUAAAGCCUUAAGGGUAGAGACAGCAAUUUGAGAGAUUUAUAUUAAACUUCUCGCUGGCGCUGCUAAGAUUUGAAAUAAACUUUCC